AUGGAGUACGUCCUAAUCACAGGAUGCAGCGAUGGCGGCAUCGGCUCAGCCCUGGCCCAAUCAUUCCACGACAAGGGCCUCUAUGUCUUCGCCACAGCUCGAGAUAUCUCCAAAAUCCAAAAUCUACGAGACCUCGCCAAUAUCACCUUCCUACAGCUAGAUGUGACCUCCCCCGCAAGCAUUGCCACAGCGUACAAAAUAGUCGAAAACGAGACGAAUGGCAAACUACACUAUCUCAUCAACAAUUCAGGCGCGGGCUUUGUGAUGCCCCUCUUGGACUCUGAUAUUGAGAUGGGUCAGAGAAUGUUUGAUGUUAAUGUUUGGGGCGUCGUGCGAGUAACGCAGACUUUUGCGCCUCUUGUGGUCAAUGCCAAAGGAACGGUCGUGAAUAAUGUGUCGACGGCUGCGCGCGUGGGAUUACCAUAUCAAGCCGCGAUUCGACUCAUGAGUGAAACGUUGGCACUGGAGAUGAAACCACUGGGUGUGAAAGUGGUGAUUGUCAUCACGGGUAAUAUCCGGACGCGAUGGUUUGUCAACUCACCGAGACUUGAGUUGCCAGAGGGAUCUUAUUACUCUUCCAUUGUAGAUCGGAUUGAGAUCUUUGCGAGGGGAGAGCAGGGCCAUCCGCAGAUGGAGUCCAAGGUUUAUGCGGAGAAAGUGGUGGGUGAUGUCCAUGGUGGGGCGAAAGAGACGAUAUGGCGAGGAGCGCAGUCGACUAUUGUUAGAAUUGCCAUGGCUGUUAUUCCGACUUGGUUAUUGGUAACGGUAAAAGUGCCGCCUCGGGAAGUCAUCGGCUCCCGGAGCGAACAUGAGCAGCUCCCUGAGCAGCCUGAUCGCUCACCCUAA